UCUCCCUCCAUCGACAGUAUUAUUUUCUCCCAAACAACCAUGACAGAUCGAGUAUACCCCGCCGUCAAACCCACCACCACCGCCGCCAACGGUAACGGCGUAUUCACCGUCAACCCAUCUUUCCCAGCCACAAAGGCCCAACUGUACGGUGCCUCUCGCCCAACCUACCGUCCUCAACCCCAUCACCGUCGUACCCGUCGUCGCUGCUGCUGCUGCACCUUCUUCUUCUACCUCCUCCUCAUCAUCCUCAUCCUCCUCUUCAUCAUCGGCAUCGCCGGCACUGCUUUCUACCUAAUCUACGGUCCCCACCGUCCUUCCUUCACCGUCACUUCCCUCAAACUCUCCUACCUCAACCUCACAUCUUCCUCCACUCUCAACUCAAAAUUCAACGUCAACAUCACCGCCAAAAACCCCAACAAAGACAUCACCUUCGUUUACCAACCCACCUCCAUUCAAAUUCUCUCCAACGAAAUCGAUGUCGGCGACGGAACAAUCCCCUCUUUCAAACACGGCAAGAAGAACACCACUCUGCUAAAAGCUUCCAUUCUGAGCAAAGGAGCACCGCUAGAGAGCGACGCCGCAACAGAGUUGAAGAAGAACAUGAAGAGCAAGAACGGGUUACCGUUGAAAGUGAAAUUAGAUACCAAAGUGAAGGCUAAAUUGGGAAAAUUGAAGACACCUAACAUCAGAAUAAGAGUCUCUUGUGACGGAAUCAGAGUCCAUGUUUCCGCCGGUAAGAAACCGGUGGCGGUGGCGGAAGCUUUGUACAGAACAUGA